GCGAGCUCGGUCGGCCCGUUCCUGCCCCGGGACAGCCGCUGCUGCCUCGGCCGGUCUCUGCCGGCCCGGUUUGGCCUCAGCCCGACCCUUCUUGGUGCGGCGGCUCCCGGGAUGGGUUGCAUGAAGUCGAAGGAAACUGCUGUCCAGGAGAAGGUGAUAAAAACUGACCCUGACCCCAACCUCCCACAGGGCCACUACGUGAGGGACCCCACAGCCCCCAACAGCAGGAACAAUAAUGUCCCCAGAGUGGCUGUGUCCCCACCUGAGGAUGGCCCGGCGGGCACGGUGGUGCUGGCACUCUAUGACUACGAGGCGAGGCACGCUGGGGACCUGAGCUUCCGCAAAGGGGAGCGGCUGAAGGUGCUGGAGGAGUCAGGGGAGUGGUGGCAGGCGCGGUCGCUGGCGACAGGCUGUGAAGGUUUCAUCCCCAGCAACUACGUUGCCCGAGCUGACUCGCUGGAGACGGAGGAGUGGUUUUUCAGGAGCACCAGCAGGAAGGACGCCGAGCGGCAGCUGCUCGGCCCCGGCAACGCCGUGGGCUCCUUCCUGAUCCGGGACAGUGAGACAACCAAAGGCUGCUACUCGCUGUCGGUGCGGGACGGGGACUACGGGCAGGGAGGCUCCGUGAAGCACUACAGGAUCCGGGCGCUGGACAGCGGCGGCUUCUACAUCUCCUCACGCUGCAGCUUCCAGACGCUGCAGGAGCUGGUCCAGCACUACAAGGGGCAGAGUGAUGGACUGUGCCAGAGGCUCACCCAGCCCUGCUGCGUGCCCAGACCACAGCAGCCCUGGGAGAAAGACGCCUGGGAGAUCCCCCGGGAAUCGCUGAGGCUGGAGAGGAAGCUGGGAGCUGGGCAGUUCGGAGAAGUGUGGAUGGCUACCUACAACAAGCACACCAAGGUGGCAGUGAAGACGAUGAAGCCUGGCAGCAUGUCCGUGGCUGCCUUCCUGGAGGAGGCAAACCUGAUGAAGCUGCUGCAGCACGACAAGCUGGUGAGGCUGCACGCGGUGGUCACCAAGGAGGAGCCCAUCUACAUCAUCACCGAGUUCAUGGAGAAAGGGAGUUUGCUGGAUUUCCUCAAGAGCAGUGAAGGGAGCAAGCAGCCACUCCCGAGGCUGAUCGACUUCUCUGCCCAGGUUGCAGAAGGAAUGGCUUUUCUCGAGAAGAGGAACUACAUCCACAGAGACCUGAGGGCUGCCAACAUCCUGGUGGCAGCAACCCUGGUCUGCAAGGUGGCAGACUUUGGACUGGCUCGACUCAUUGAGGACGACGAGUACACGGCCCGGGAAGGGGCCAAAUUUCCCAUUAAAUGGACAGCACCAGAAGCCAUCAACUAUGGAUCAUUCACUAUCAAAUCAGAUGUCUGGUCCUUUGGGAUCCUCCUGACCGAGAUCAUCACCUAUGGACGCAUCCCAUACCCAGGGAUGUCGAGCGCGGAGGUGAUCAAGGCGCUGGAGCGUGGGUACCGCAUGCCCCGCACGGAGAGCUGCCCCGAGGAGCUCUAUGGCAUCAUGCUGAGCUGCUGGAAAGCCAAACCAGAGGAACGUCCUACUUUUGAGUCCACUCAGAGCAUUCUGGAGGACUUCUUCACCGCUACAGAGAGCCAGUACCAGCAGCAGCUGUAAGGCAGGGAGCUCGGUGAAGCCAGCGGGCGCCUCGCUGGGCAUCCUGCUCUUCCCCGUCCUGCUCAGCCUUCCUCUGCCAGCCUGGCCCAAAACUGCAGCACUUCUGGUGCUGCCAGGCUGGAAGCAGGAGCAGGAGGAAGCCAUGCUCAGACCAACCCCUUCUGGAGUUGCUGCACGGAGGGAAUCAUAGAAUCAACCUGGUUGGAAGAGAGCUCCAAGCUCAUCCAGCCCAACCUGGCACCCAGCCCUGCCCAACCAACCAGACCAUGGCACUAAGUGCCCCAGCCAGGCUUGGCUUCAACACCU